GAAUAUGAAAGAUUUAAAUUAUUAUUAAAACAUAUUAUAUUAGCUACAGAUUUAUAUCAACAUAUUUCAAUUAUCCCGGAAUUCAUUCAAUUAUCCAAUGUGUCCUAUGAUCCAUUCAAUAGACGACAUCAUGAAUUACUUUUAUCUAUUCUAGUUACAUCAUGUGAUUUAAAUGAUCAAUGUAAACAUUGGUUAAAUACACUUGAUACAGCUAAAUUCAUUUAUUAUGAAUUUUUUCAUCAAGGUGAUUUAGAAAAAUCAUGCAAUACAAUCCCUUUAUUAUCAUCAUUUGAUAGAGAGAAAGCAUUUAUACCAGAAUUACAAAUACAUUUUAUUGAUUCAAUUGUUCUACCAUGUUUUAA